ACUAGUAUUUUGAUUAAUACCUUGCAUUUUACUUAAUAUAAACUCCAUACAAAAAUAACAUAUUGAUUUAAACAUAGUCGAGUGGAAAAGACAGCAUAUUCCAAUCAAUCACCUCCUUAAGGACAUACAAAAGCUAAAAAGAAAAGAAAAGAAAAGAAAAGAAAAGAAAGAUACACACGGGUGACAUUAAUAUCCAAACCAAAACAUCCUUUGUGUUCAAAGAUCGUAGUGCGAAGAAACUGCCUAAAUAAAAAUUAAAAAUAAAAGGCCGUUCAAAUUUCCCUAGAUCUGUGGUUGAAUAUUUGGUAAACCCAGAAUAAUACGAUUAGUCAGUUUUUUUUUUUUUCCAUUUUCAAAAUUACUUAACAUAAAUGAAUUCUUCGAUCUCAACGACAAAAACCCUAAUUUCUCAACUCAUUAACAUCAAUCAUGCUGUUGCUUGAACUUCAGAGUAUCAUCCAUUGACAACAGAACAAUCGAUUAUCAUAAUUUGGGUUUUAUUGUUUGAUUGAUUGAUUGCUCUGUGAGAUAGGAUCCUGUAAUGGCGGAUGCAUUGUCCAUAAUUCCGGCUGCUGUGCUUCGUAAUCUUGCCGAUAAGUUGUAUGAGAAGCGGAAGAAUGCUGCUCUUGAGGUUGAAGGGAUUGUGAAGCAAUUGGCUGCGGCUGGAGAUCAUGAGAAAAUAACUGCUGUGAUCAAUUUGUUGACUGACGAAUUCACAUUUUCGCCGCAGGCUAAUCAUCGAAAGGGUGGAUUAAUUGGAUUAGCUGCGGCAACUGUUGGUUUGACCUCCGAGGCCGCUCAGCAUCUCGAGGGUUCAUAUGGGAGUUACUUGUACGACGGCCAAGAUAAUCUUGCUUCCAUAACUAUGAGGCAAAUUGUUCCGCCUGUGCUCAAAUCCUUUUCUGAUCAAGAUAGCAGAGUUCGUUAUUAUGCAUGUGAAGCUUUGUACAACAUUGCAAAGGUUGUAAGAGGGGAUUUCAUUGUGUUUUUUAAUCAGAUAUUUGAUGCUUUGUGCAAGCUAUCUGCAGAUUCCGAUGCUAAUGUGCAGAGUGCUGCUCAUCUUUUAGAUAGGCUUGUAAAGGAUAUUGUGACAGAAAGUGAUCAAUUCAGCAUUGAAGAAUUCAUACCGUUGCUGAGGGAGCGCAUGAAUGUAUUAAAUCCCUAUGUUCGUCAAUUUCUGGUUGGAUGGAUCACUGUCUUGGACAGUGUUCCUGAUAUUGAUAUGCUGGGUUUUCUUCCUGAUUUCCUCGACGGUUUAUUUAAUAUGCUAAGUGAUUCUAGCCAUGAAAUACGACAACAGGCUGACUCAGCACUAUCAGAAUUUCUCCAAGAGAUCAAAAACUCUCCAUCUGUAGACUAUGGUCGCAUGGCUCAAAUUUUGGUGGAAAGGGCAAAGUCUGGUGAUGCAUUUACUCGUCAGACUGCCAUUACUUGGAUUAAUGAAUUUGUAAAAUUAGGGGGGGAUCAGCUUUUACCAUAUUAUGCUGCUAUUCUGGAGGCCAUAUUGCCUUGUAUUUCAGACAAAGAAGAGAAGAUUAGAGUUGUUGCUCGAGAGACGAAUGAAGAACUUCGCUCAUUCAAGGCGGCUCCAGGUGAAGGAUUUAAUGUAGGAGCAAUCCUUGCUGUUGCAAAGAGACAUUUAUCCAGUGAAUGGGAAGCUACUCGUAUUGAAGCACUGCAUUGGAUUUCAGCCCUUUUGGAUAAGCAUCGUGAUGAGGUUUUAUCCUUUUUAAGCGAUAUAGUUGAUACACUUCUCAAAGCACUCUCUGAUUCUUCGGACGAGGUAGUGCUCUUGGUGCUUGAGGUGCAUGCAUGCAUAGCCAAAGACACAGAGCACUUUCGCAAUCUUCUGGUUCAUUUGCUUCAGAACUUUCAGAACGACAAUUCUCUAUUAGAAAAACGGGGUGCAUUGAUAAUUCGACGGCUCUGUGUACUCCUUGGUGCUCAGACAGUAUAUCGCGAGCUUUCCAUUAUUCUUCAGAAGGAACCUGAUCUUGAUUUUGCUUCUAUCAUGGUUCAGGCAUUAAACUUAAUUUUACUCACAUCCGCUGAGUUAUCGGAACUGCGGGAGCUACUGAAGCAUUCUCUUGUCAACAGUGCUGGGAAAGACUUGUUUCAUGCUUUAUAUGCUUCUUGGUGCCAUUCUCCAAUGGCAAUCAUUAGUUUGUGCUUAUUAGCUCAGACAUACCAGCAUGCCAGCACUGUUAUACAGUCUCUGGUUGAAGAGGAUAUCAACAUUAAAUUUUUGGUCCAGCUUGACAAAUUGAUUCGGUUACUUGAGACUCCAACAUUUGCUUAUCUGAGAUUGCAGCUUCUGGAGCCUGGAAGGUAUACAUGGUUGUUGAAAGCCCUUUAUGGCCUGCUUAUGCUACUUCCCCAGCAAAGUGCAGCCUUCAAGAUAUUGCGUACUCGAUUGAAAACUGUUCCCCCAUACUCCUUCAGCAGUGAGCAACAUUGGAAUUCAUUUCCAGAAACCUCACACUCAAAGGUUGCAAAUCACAUGGAUAGUGGACCAGACUGUAACCAAGAUGGUAUCGUACAAGAUGUGGAGACUAUGAGCAAUGGAAUUAACUUUGCUUCAAGACUGCAGCAGUUACAGAAAAUGCAGCAGGAGCAUCGCGCACAGGCUAAAUCACAAGCCCGGGUUAAAAAGGCUUCAGCCAAUUUGACAAAGGAGACUCAGAGACCUGAAGAAAACAGGGAGCAAUCAUGUACGUCUGACACAAACCAGCCUACCAAUCCAUCAAGAAUGGGUCCAGGGCAGUUGCAAUUGUAAUUAGGUAAUCUCAUUUAUUUUGGCGUGGCUGCUCACUCCCUCUGCCCAGAUCUCUUCAUCGAAGCCAUGGUGGGAUCUGAUAUUAUUUGUAAAAUUGUAUAUUUCUAGCCUUUUGUUCUUUUGAUAAGGGGAGAUUUGGUUUUCGGUAGUUUACAUCGAGAGAUCAUUAAAGAAAAAAAAAGAGAUCUAUUCUUGGUACUUUUUUUUUUUUUGUUGGGGGGUGGGGGGGUGGUUUUGGGGUGAUGUGGGUUAAAGAAUGGCGCUUUGCCCAUGUGGUUCCUGUUGUUUUUAUUAUAAACUACGGGGGGAUGAAGGGAGCAUAUUUUUCUACUUUGCAAAGGCCGUCGAUUGUUGUUCAUCUAUUUCAAAAUAAAAUAAGCAGGCGUCUUAUAUGUGAAUAUACUUGGCCUCUGGCUAGAUUGAAUUUAUAGCAUUCGUGAUUCGUGAACUUCUGUAUUUAAGUUGUGUAACAUCACCGAUUAGCCAAUUGUUUUCGUAAUAAUUUGUUCUGCCUUGUUUAUAGUUGUACAAUGACAAUUACGCUAAUGAGGCUAUUGGGUGAUCAUUUUGUAAUAUCAGAUAGCGUACUAAAUGAGUUGAGGAAAUUGGAUACUUAUUAGAAGUUCCAUUUUUCUUUGUGUUUGGUGCUUCUUCUAGUUUACAAUAAAUUUUUGCGGCUUUUGUCCUCAA